AUGGACUCUUCUCGAAAAUCUCCCUUCAGUGGGCGUAAAGUAUUCAAAGUUCCUAAUGUUGAUCAUUUUGAUACUUUCUUCAUUAUAAAACAAAUAUCUGAAAGCAAUGAAACUUUCCAUAACGUAUCUCCUUUCCUAGUUCAAAAAGCAAUUUUUGCGACCGUAGGCGAGGUGAAAUCUGUUAAAAAAAUGCGUUCUGGGGACUUAUUAAUUGAAGUCGAUUCCAAAAAGCAAUCCCAACAACUUAUGAAAUUGAAAGCUCUUGCUAAUAUACCGAUAUCGGUGAGUCCUCACUCAUCUCUCAACUUCUCCAAGGGCGUUAUAACCUGCGGAGAAUUAUUUAAUGUUCCUCUUGAAGAGACAUCUGCUGAACUUAAAAAGCAAGGAGUGACUCAUGUUCGGCAAAUAUCAAUUCGACGUGAUGGGCAACUCCUCCCCACAAAACAUUUCGUACUCACUUUUCAUACUCCUAAUCUGCCUGAAUAUAUUUAUGCAGGGUAUAUCAAGUUACCAGUUCGACAAUUUAUACCAAAUCCAUUGAGGUGCUUUCAGUGCCAGCGAUUUGGCCACUCGAAAAUUAAUUGCCGCGGGACACUCGCAUGUGCCCGUUGUGCUGAAAAAGGGCAUGAUAGCCAGCAAUGUAACGCAAAAGAAAAGUGCGUGAACUGCGGCGGAGAUCACCCUUCGUAUGCUCGAUCUUGCCCACGCUGGCACUUAGAAAAACAGGUCACAACUUUAAAAAUAAAAGAAAAUAUAACUUAUCCUGAAGCCAGACGUAAAAUUGAAUCCCGGACCCCUACUCCUGGUGUCAGUUAUGCCUCGGCUGUGCUAAAAAAUUUUUGCUCAAACUGUUCUUGUGAAAAUUGCUUGAAACGAACUGUUAAAACUAAUAGCCCUACAAAUAUAUCAGAGUCUGAUUCUGAGGAAUCUAUAAAAAGUAAUCCAACUCCAGAAUUGGAACCCCCGAAAUCAAAAAGAGCACCAAAGAAAAGAACAAAGAACUCGCAGAAGUUAAAGCUUGCGAAAAAUGGCAUUUCAAAAUCAGAACUCCCAUUAAAACUUAAAAGAUCUUCUUCAAAAAAUUCAGUCGCCUUAGGGCUAGCGAAAAAAGGUGUUGUCCACAAGGACUUAUCAUCAAUUUUUGGUGGCACUUUAAAUAGCCCAGAUAUUACAUUGCAUCCAUCAGAGGAUGAUGACCUGGAGAUGAGUUGCGAAAUCCAAGCAACUCCAACUAAUGCCUGUAAUCGUUCUCCGCCAAAUUCUAUUUCUUAA